CUGAAAGACAAAAAUGGAUUACCGAACACAGUGAUGUCCCAAAACUUGCUAAGCUUUCCUGCUACUAGUUUUGAUGCUCUUUUUCUAAGGGAUUAUGUGUUUUCAAUUCGUAACAAGGUGAUCACGCUCCUCCGGACAUGUGAGUGUUCAUAGAAGAUAAAAUACAGAUCAUUAGUCAACAUAUAGUUUUACAUCCGGUUCGGACCGACCAGUUGGAUCUGUUGAACCGGGGUAAAACCGGAUCAAACCAUUAAUUAAUUAAUUAAAAGAAUAAAGAAUAAAAUAAAAAACUCUGAUAGAUUCUUAGACCGGGAGAGCCCUAGUCGAGCUUCAGCCGCCCAUCUCCUCUUCCGUCUCAUCCUCACGGCCCAGAGCCGCAGAUUCCUUCGCUCAAAAGGAGAAGGAGAAAGAAGCACCGUCGCACACUACCACCACCAGGUAACUUCAGCAGCUAUCAUAUUUUUGUUGUAUUUGUAAUGUUGGUGGAACAUGUCAGAAGACUAACUUUAAUUCCAACCAUAAACCUCUCCAUCUUAGAGACAAAGUUACAUCAUUGCCAAUGGCUGAACCAAUUCAAGCAGAUUCUGUCACAAAUGAUCCUCACUGGCUUCAUCACAGACACCUACGCCGCAAGCAGGCUCAUCAACUUCGCUACUCACUCCAAUUUUGUUCCUUUCCAUUAUUCCCUCCGAAUAUUCAACCGCCUCCACAACCCCAAUACCUUCAUUUGGAACACCGUCAUGCGCGCUCACUUAGAACUUCACAAUUCGCCCGAUCAAGCUCUCAAUCUUUACAAGCUCUUUCUGGUUCAAAACUCUUCACCUGAUCACUACACAUACCCAAUUCUCCUUCGAUCCUGCACUGCCCGGGUAUCGGAACUCGAAGGAAACGAGAUUCAUGACCAUGUUGUCAAGUUUGGUUUUGAUUCUGAUGUUUAUGUUAGGAACACAUUGAUUAACUUGUAUGCUGUUUGUGGGAACAUGGUGAGUGCACGUCGUGUGUUUGAGGAAAGUCUUGUGUUGGAUUUGGUUUCCUGGAAUACCCUUUUGGCUGGUUAUGUUAAUAUUGGUGAUGUUGGGGAGGCGGAAUGUGUGUAUGACCGGAUGCUGGAGAGGAACACGAUCGCUUCCAAUUCCAUGAUUGUGCUAUUUGGACGAAAAGGCUGUGUUGCAAAGGCACGAAGGCUAUUUGAUCAGAUUGAAGGAAAGGAUAUGGUUUCUUGGAGCGCAAUGAUUUCUUGUUAUGAACAGAAUGGAAUGUCUGAGGAGGCAUUGAUUUUGUUUGUGGAUAUGAAUGCUAAUGGGGUUAUGGUGGAUGAGGUGGUUAUGGUUAGUGCUAUCUCUGCUAGUACAAGCCUCUCGGUUGUCGGGAUGGGGAGGUCAGUGCAUGGUUUGGCAGCAAAAGUUGGGAUUCAAGAUUAUGUUAGCCUUCAGAAUGCAUUGAUACAUUUGUACUCAAGCUGCGGGGAGAUAUUGGAUGCUCAGAAACUUUUCAAUAGUGGUGUCCUGUUGGAUCUGGUAUCUUGGAACUCAAUGAUUUCUGGGUACUUGAUGUGCGGUUUAGUUGAGGAUGCUAAGACAUUGUUUGAUUCCAUGGUUGAGAAGGAUGUUGUGUCUUGGAGUGCUAUGAUAUCGGGUUAUGCUCAACAUGGAUGUUUCUCAGAGGCUGUAGCUUUGUUUCAAGAAAUGCAGCUUCUCGGAAUAAGGCCGGAUGAGACUGCUUUAGUGAGUGUCAUCUCAGCCUGCACCCAAAUGGCUGCUUUGGACUUGGGAAAAUGGAUCCAUGCAUAUAUAAGUAAAAAUAAAUUGCGUGUUAAUGUCAUUUUGGGCACGACACUUAUAGAUAUGUAUAUGAAAUGUGGAUGUGUCGAAAAUGCAUUAGAGGUUUUUCAUGCAAUGGAGGAAAAGGGGGUUUCUACCUGGAAUGCUCUCAUUCUUGGGUUGGCAAUGAAUGGUUUGGUAGAGAAAUCACUUGACAUGUUUGCAGAUAUGAAAAAAACCAAGACGCUUCCUAAUGAGAUAACAUUUAUGGGAGUUCUUGGGGCCUGUCGACACAUGGGCCUAGUGGAUGAGGGGCGCCACUACUUUAGUUCAAUGACGCAAGAACACAAGAUAGAACCAAACGUUAAGCAUUAUGGAUGCAUGGUUGAUCUUUUAGGACGCUCAGGUUUGCUUAAAGAAGCAGAGGAACUGAUUGAGAGUAUGCCGAUGGCACCUGAUGUCGCUACUUGGGGUGCUUUGCUUGGGGCUUGUCGAAAGCACCAUAACAAUGAAAUGGGAGAGAGGUUGGGAAGGAAACUCAUCCAGCUAAAGCCUGACCACGAUGGUUUCCACGUUUUAUUGUCAAAUAUAUAUGCUUCAAAAGGAAAUUGGGGAGAUGUUCUUGAAAUCAGGGGAAUUAUGGCACAGCAUGGGGUGGUGAAGAUGCCUGGUUGUAGCAUGCUCGAAGCAAAUGGAAUAGUUCAUGAAUUCCUUGCGGGAGAUAAGACACACCCUCAAAUAAAUGACAUCGAGCAUAUGUUAGAUGUAAUGGCUGCAAAAUUAAAGAUUGAGGGCUAUGCACCAAUCACAAGUGAGGUUUCUCUAGACAUAGAUGAAGAAGAGAAGGAAACUGCCCUUUUCAGCCACAGUGAGAAGCUUGCUGUUGCCUUUGGGCUAAUUACUAUUGCCCCACCAGCUCCUAUCAGAAUAAUGAAGAAUUUGCGCAUAUGCAAUGAUUGCCAUACUGUAGUGAAGCUAAUCUCCAAAGCAUUUGAUCGUGAAAUUGUAAUAAGGGAUCGUCAUCGCUUUCAUCACUUUAAGCAUGGUUCUUGUUCCUGCAUGGAUUUUUGGUAGCAAAACUGUUUGUGCAAUUAAAAUGAAUGUGUAUAGGAAAACACACUGAACUCAUAAUCUUAACAAUAUUCUGGACUCAAAUAUGUAAGCGUGUAGCAUUGAAGAUUUUUCCAGAUUUGGUCUGUCUCAAUGAUGUUGAAUCAAAUGAUUUUUGUAUGCUGCAAGUUGUUCCCAAAAGCUCUUGUUGGUAAGAGAUUAGGGCAACAGAGCACGGGAUACUUCACAAGAUAUCGAUCCAAUUUCUCUAAUGCUGAUAACAAAAUCUUUUCAAGUCCUGGACUUUGAGGAGAUCAAUAUCUAAAGAAAUCUAUUACAUUGGUUGCAGGUAUCUUUAUAUUUUUAGCCUCUUUACAUAUAUAAAGUGGCCGAGUCUGAGAAACCGAAGAGUCGUUGCAUAUCUAGAUGAAAUGAGCAAGAAACCAGUUUUAUGAAUUGGUCUUCUGAUAUGCCAUUGAUAGAGUCUGAUCCUUUCCCCUGUUUUUGGCAACAAGACAGCAAAGUUUUAAAGAAUAAGAGUGUGCUGUCAAGAAAACAUAAAGAUGCCACAGUUGUUAUUUUAAGCUUUUUCUCUUUUUCUUCUUCAAUUGGCUUUUAGCAGAGUUUAAAUUAGUAAAGGGAGUGUGUGCUUCCUGUUAAUCGGCGAACUAGGUUUUGUGCUUCUUAACUCUAAUUAACAGCUUAAAAUUGAUACUUAAGUGUCCCAUUUUUUAAAAAAGUUGUACUAAUGGAUGGACUACUUAGCAAAGAAAUUCAUAAGGAAAGCACAUGAUUUAUAUAUGGUAGCCGCUGAUAAAGCUCUUGUUUGGCCGUGCAAAGAAAUUCGCUGAAUUGGAAUUUGUUUCAAAAAAUAUUCCAUCAUAUCAAAGCUAAGGCCAUUUGCCUAUGUAUGGUUUCUGAUUUCAAUAGGAAAACAAUCCCAUUCUCAAUGAAGUUGGUUCUCAUGGAUACUGAGGCCUGCUUUAUUGUUUUCCUGUUCACUGUAUUUUUCAAUAUAUUUCAAUAUGCUUUCUAUUUCAUUAUGGUUUUUAAAAUUCUACAUAUUUUGAAAUCUGUUUUGAUGAACUAUAUAUUAUGGUAGUUAAGUUUGCUUUAUUGUUUUCCUGUUCAAUGUAUUUCAUGAUUGUUGAACUAUGUUUUGAUGAACUAAGUCUUUGUGUAACAUGGAGCUAGGAUCCAUGCUUCCAUAAGGGUUCUCUUUAUUCAUUUGAGCUUGUGAGUCUUGCUGCUGGUGGAUGUAAUUACAGGAAAACCCACCACAACUGCAAGCUUAAUUUUCAGUUUCCAGUUAUUUUUGUGUCUUUGGAUAUUGCCACUGGGCCUAGGCAUGUCUAUGAAUUUGUUCCUAUCUCAUAACAUUGUUUGUGCACACUUUAUGAAAAAAAGUGUAAGUAACAUUUAUAGUCUAUUGCCUUUCUGGCUUGAAGUUGAGUAGAGAGAAUGAUCUUGAUUGGAAGGAGUUUGCUCCUAGGAUUGAAGAUUACAAUCAUUUUCUGUCCAAGCUUAUUGCUGGAGGGAUUGGUCAGAUUGUUAAGGGUAUCUUCAUUUGCAGCAAUGCUUACACCAACAAG